CCCAGUGGUUGCUGAAGGGUAGACGAGUGGGCGGAGUCAAGCAUUGAUUGACAUAGAGGCUCGGCGAGCGAGUAAUCUGGCAAACUGACCACACUAAACUAGCUAGUCACGGUAGCUCGCGAGGAAAAUAAUAACAAUAAGAGAAAAGAAUUCCGGUUUAAUACGUAAACGAUUCCGUAGCGAAUGUAUAAAAAUCAGUCGGAAGGUGAUCUCUGUUACCGAUGCCCGCUCAACGGUAGUUGAUAAUGCUGAAGAUGAGGCUGCCAGCGGCGGAGGGAGACAACGACGCGGCCGAAGGCGAGCGACGGGAAAACAACAGCGGCGAGCCCGGCUUCCUCCCUUUUAACCCCGCGUUGGAUGACGAGGUGGGCCGCAGACAGGCGCGCGCUCCCCGGCAGCUCGACAAGGAGGCGGUGUUCGAGUGGUUCGGCUUGCGGCUCAGCCCGGCCAAGCGCGUGGAGUUCAUGUGCGGUCUGCUCCACAUGUGCCAGCCGCUCGAGCUGCGCUUCCUGGGCUCGUGUCUCGAGGACCUGGCGCGCAAGGACUUCCACAUCCUGCGCGACGUCGAGGCUCGCGCUAACAGCCCCGCCGACCUGCGACUCCUCACUGACGUCGCCGACCCGGUCGUGCUCUCGCGGCUGCUCGUCUGCCUCUCCCUGCUCGGAUCUAAGAACCGAGAGUGUGCCGGGAUCCUUUUCGGCACGCUCAGCCGAAUCGACCUCCUGCACUCGAGGAGUUGCUGCGGGUUGAAUUUACCCGAACCGGGACCGGCUGCGGCUCCGCUGGAGCAGCUGGCGUUGCUCUUCGCCAUGGCCUCGCUGCACCCGGCAUUCACUUUCCACCAGAGGGAGGUCGUGCGGACGCAGCUGGAGCGCGUGGAAGCGUUAUUGGAGGAGCGGCGCCUGAGCCACUGCGCAUGUGCAGCUCAAACUCUGCAGAGCCAGUUUUCCCAGCCGGACGAGCUCUGUCCACGCCCCGAGGGGAGCAGAACAUGGCCGUCGUGUCCGAUCCAGCACCUCAGCAGCAUCCCUCCGAGCCAAGUGGUGCACAUUGAGAAGAUCAAACUGAAGGAGAUCUCCCUGGCAGGAGACAGCACGGAGUACAGCUUCGAGGUUAAAUGGUCCGAUUCGUCGUCUACGGCUGUGACCAAGAGCCACCGUGAACUCCAGGACUUUCUUUUGAAGCUGUGUAAGGAGCAGAGCGCAGGAGGUUUCGAGCAAGAUGUUAUCGGAUUACUGAGUCGGGCCGAGGGCGAGCGCAGAGACCUGGAGAAAAGGCUCAGGGCGAGGUUUGCAUCCGUGCCACGGGAGUUCCUACAGAUGUGCCAGGCCUCAGGGUUUUUCCUGCCCGACACGUCUUCCUUACACAGCAGUCACGGUAACAGUACACCUGGAGCCAGAACCCGACAGCCGGCGCCUCACUUCUCAGAGGACUGCUCAGAGACUUCCAGCCUCGAUGAGGACCUUGACGAAUACGGGGUCUCGCGCUCCAGAACACACAACGCUGGAAACACGGGCCAUGGUAAGCAGCACAAGGACAGCGCUCUGUGGGAGUGCAGCAGGAGGAGUAUGCACGGCGAGCCCUACGGGGAGGUGACGGGGAGGAGGCGCAGCUCCCAGCCGUGUGGGACGGAACCAGAGCAGGAGUGUGAGGAGAGGAAGAUCAAAGCGCGACCGGCAGGCAAAAGGGACAGAGGCAGGAGAGGCCCAGUGGGGAAAAGUUUUGUAGCCAAUGGGAUUCAGAAAGUUCCUGCAGUCCAGAUGAUGAAUCAGGUUACGUGUAAAGCUUCAGGCAGGGACACCUACGGAGACACGUCUUCAGAGAGCUCCAACUCUGUGCCGUCGAGCCCUGUCCACCGUCAGCGUAGCCGGGAGACACGAGACACAGAGAGUCAGUCGGAUAACUCCGUCCCGGAGCCAGCUGACGCACCCCGCCUCCCCCAUGGGCAGGGCACGGUCAGGAAGGCGGUUGCCAUGGUGAACCCGCUGGUGGCGGAACCGGAGCGCGCGGGUGCAGAUCUACCGUCGCACCCCUCAGCUGUGGUGGAGCUGGCGCUGACCUCGUGCCUCCCCUACGCCCUGCAGUACAGCACCGCGCAGAGAGACGCAGGCAAACCCGGAGAGAGCAAACUCACCAUCACCAUCCCUCUGGGCAAACAGGAUACGAGGCCCAGCAUGGCCAUCCCCAGAGACCCCGCCCAGUGCCCACUGCCACCCGCCUUCCCUGAGCCAGCUCAGCCUCAGGGUCCACCCAGCACCAUUGCUGCUCCGGGGAAACCAUGUGCCAAGGCCAGUGCUCAGCCCCAGAGGACUCUCGCUAGCACCAUGUCCGCUCAGAUACCCAGCUCCGCGCCUCUACCGCCCCCCGCUAGCAUGCCCGGCCCGAGCGAGAACGCGGCAUACAUCAGUAGCACUGCGCAGUCACAACCCACAGGCUGUAACACCUGCGGUUGCCGUGGUACCUGCGGAGGCAGUGGAGCCCACCAGUCUCCCGCCAGCUUCUUCCUUCCGGCGCAUCCGGCCCGCCAGAUGUUCGGCCCACCGGGCCCGUUCUUCCAGCUGGCACCGUCGCUGUGCAGCACCACCUUCCCUACACAGGGCCAUCAGGGGAACGGGACUCCACUGCCCUUCUACGCCCACACGUCUCCAAGCGCAGCCUUCGCCAGCAGCGCGCUCCUGCACGCCCACUCGGACCACCUGAUGCCCGCACAGCCCAGCUACACCACCCUGCCCCAGGUCACACCGUUCGGACGCUUCUACCCGCCCGUCUUCCCUCCCGUAGGUGCCAUGCCCGGCGGUGCGGGAAUAAAGAAGAGCAGCACCGUGUCCUGCUAUAACUGCGGCAUGAGCGGCCACUACGCGCAGGACUGCAAGCAGCCGUCUAUGGACGCCGGGCAGUCAGGUAACGCCAGUGCCAGGAGGUUCGGUCCGUUUGUGCUCGGCGCUAAAGAAAACGCUCUGCGAGAACACGACAGACAUGUCCGGAGCUCUCGCGUCGUCCCGAGAUACGAUUUUUGAACUGUCGCUAUGGCGAUACGGGAGUUUCCUCAGCUAAAGAAGCGAUCAGUCCGAUCACGAAUAAAAUUCACCUGGCGGGAAAGCCGAGCGGGACGCGGAAGACGCACGGUACAUUCCUGACCGCUUUUACUUUUCCGCUCUGACUUUUCCGGAGUGAAUUUGGACCCUCGUUCCUUUAAGCCAAUAGAAAACACGUAGGCGGGACUGUUGUUUAUUUGGUUAAAAAAAAACAAAAAACCCAGAGUUGUUGCUCAUUAUUAAGUCAUAUCCGACUUUUAACUCUUAACCUCUGCACGUCUAAAGAGCGGAUCAAAUAAAAAUAGAAGCUCCAAAACGCCAGCCGCUUUAAACCUGCAUACGCUUGGCUUAGCAGUGAAAUCAUAUUUUCUUUAUAGCAGAAUACAAACAAACAAUUUUUAAAAAAAAACUAAACGUGGGCACAAUUUUAAAACUCACCUGCUGACAAGCUCAUAACCAUCGUUUAGUAUCCGAUGACCACCUUGUGUAAAAAACAAAACAAAAAAAACCACAAUUGCGUGAAAUGUCUUGCUGCUCUUCUGAGCCGUGUGUGUCUUGUGCUUGUGUUUUUAUAUGUGUGUGUUUCAGGUGGCUUCCGGCUUAAGUAUGUCGCCCCACAUUCGUCGGAGACACUAGACAAAGCCGAUUGACAGCGAGCUGAGGACCAAGGAGACGCUCGGUCUCGAUUUCUAUAUUAAACACACCAGAGCUCGUGUGUUAAAGCGAUGGGAUUCGCGUGUGUUGUGUUGUGUCGUAUUCGCCACUUC